AUGACCAUAAUUCAAAGGUCAACAAGUUUAAAUAAUAUUAUUAAUGAAAAAUUAGGUAAAAUUAUUGUUGCAAGUAAUACAUUACCAAUUACAGUUACAAAAUUUAAUGAAACCCCAUUAUUUGGAUCGCCAUUAAGUGCAAGUAGAGAAUCAAUAACAAGUAGUUUUGGUAUGUCAGAACCAUCAAGAGAUAGAGAAAGUAAAAUUCAAAUUCAAAUCAAUGGUCAUCCAUUUCCAACUCAAUCUGCUUUAGAAACUUUAAAGGCAAAAGAUGAAAUUGAAGAUUGGCUAUGGAUUGGUUGGUCACAUUGUGAGGUUAAUGAAGAUGAAGAGCCAAUGUUAAAUCAGGCCAUUAAAGAAUUUUCACCACAUUUUGAACAUGUUUUUCUAAAUCCAAGACAGUUUGAAAACUAUUACAAAGGUUAUUGUAAAAAUGGAUUAUGGUUAUUAUUACAUUAUCAAAUGAACUUUAUUCGUAUGCAAUCUGAAUGGUGGGAAGAAUACGUUGGAGUAAAUCAAAUGUUUGCCGAAAAGAUCGCAUCCGUAUGGAGACCAUCCGAUAUCAUUUGGAUUCAUGAUUAUCAUCUUAUGUUGGUACCACAAAUGUUAAGACAAUUGCUACCACCAGAGGCAUCGAUUGGUUUCUUUUUCCAUGCACCAUUUCCUUCCUAUGAACUAUUUCGUAUACUUCCAAAUAGAAAAGAAUUAUUAAAAGGUAUCCUUUCAUCAAAUUUAAUUGGUUUUCAAUCAUUUGAAUAUGUACGUCAUUUCAAAAGUUCUUGUGCUCGUUUAUUAGAUCUUGAAGUUCAUCCAAAAGGUUUAGAGAUAUUUGAAGAUGGUUCAACUCAUUUCACUAAACUUCAAGUUUAUCCAAUCGGUGUUGAUUAUAAUGAUUUUGCAAAGAAUUUAAAUUUACCUGAAGUUUCAUCAAGAGUUGAAAGUUUACGUAAAAUUUUCAAAGGUAAAAAGGUUGUUGUAGCUCGUGAUAGAUUAGAUCAAAUUGAAGGUGUACCAAGAAAACUUGAAGUCUUUGAACAAUUAUUAAAUGAUCAUCCAGAAUAUAUUGGUAAAUUAGUUUUUAUUCAAAUUUAUGAACCAACUGUUGAAGAAGGUGAUGAAACUGAUGAACAAAAGAUUUUACAUAAAACUGUUAAUGAAAUGGUUGGUAGAAUUAAUGGUAAAUUUGGUAAAUUAAGUUUUAAUCCAAUUGAAUAUAUUAAUAAGAAAAUAUCAUAUGAAGAAUUAUCAGCAUUAUAUAAAUUGGCAGAUAUUGCAUUAAUAACACCAAUUAGAGAUGGUAUGAAUUUAACUUCACAUGAAUAUGUUGUAUGUCAAAAGGAUAACUUUGGUGUAUUGAUAUUAAGUGAAUUUGCAGGUGCAGCAAGAUGUUUAGGUGGUUCAAUAAUCGUUAAUCCAUUCUCAAAGAAAGAAAUAAUGGAAGCUAUCAUUGAAGCAUUGAAUAUGAGUAUGCAUGAUAGAAAAUUAAAACAUCAAAUCAAUUAUAAUUAUGUUUUGGCAAACACAUCAAGUUUUUGGGGUAAAAGAUUCUUAUGUGAUUUAAAUGAAGCAACACAAAAAGAGAUUAUGGAAACAAGUGUACCAAGGGCCAAUUUCCAAGAGAUUGAAGAUUCCUAUAAAAAAGCAAAGGUUAGAGUUUUCUUUUUGGAUUAUGAUGGUACUUUAACACCAUUGGUUCGUCUUCCAAGUCAAGCAAUGCCAUCAAAGCAAUUAAUUGAUGUUUUAAGUAAACUAACAGAAGAUAGAAGAAAUGAAGUUUACGUAAUCAGUGGAAGAGAUCGUUCGUCAUUGGAGAAGUGGUUAGGUCAUUUACCAAUUGGUAUGUCUUGUGAACAUGGCGUUUUCACAAGACAACCUGGUGAAAAUCAACCAUGGACUGAAAGUCCAAAUGCAGAAGUUCAAUGGAAAGACACAGUUUUAUCAAUAAUGCAAGAUUUUGAAGAUAGAACACCAGGUUCAAUGACAGAAACUAAACAAGUCAAUAUCACAUGGCAUUAUAGAAAUGCUGAUCCAGACUUUGGUCAAUUCCAAGCUAAAGAAUUGAUUGCACAACUUCGUUCAGUCGCAAAUAAAUACCCAUUGGAUAUUUUAUCAGGAAAGAAAGCAAUUGAAGUUAAACCAAUAGGUAUCAAUAAAGGUGAAAUAGUAAAAAUGAUCCUUCAAAAGAUUGAUGCAGAUUUCAUACUUUGUAUUGGUGAUGAUAAAACUGAUGAAGAUAUGUUUAAAGCACUUUAUAAUGUACCAUCAUUUACAAUUCGUGUUUGUGGUGAUCUUGAAGAAUCAACAAAAGCAAGAGGUGUUGUUGAAAGUUCUUCUGAAGUUUUAACACUUUUAAAUAGAUUAUCAUUGUCAUAA